CUGACAUUCUCUUUCUCUUUCCAAUAGCAACGAUAAUAUCACUUGUCGAGUGUAUGCCUUUCCUACUCUAUCCUAUGGGCAUCACGGAAAGCUCAAAGGGGGGGAAAACAGCAGACGACGACCAGGCUGGAGAACAGUAACACAGUGAUCGUCAGUGAUCGUCGUUGUUUGUGUUCGGUGUAACGCUGUUGCUGAUCUGACUCGCACAAUUAUACUCAACGUGCAAAUAAAUAUUGUUUGCCUUUGUUGGGGAUGUGAUUGUUUGUGAUUAUCGACGCCGACGGAACCGGUAGUGCGACGCACGAUGAUGCUGAAAUUGACCAAAGUCUUUCUAGCCUUUCUUGAAAUCAUUCUAGGCAUCUCUGCUACCACUCACUGGGUUGUUACCGAAAAUGGAAGAAUCCAGUCGCAGCCGGAUUCCGUGUUUCAAAUGCGCCGUCCUUACGAUCUCCUCGCCUUUCUUGAGCAAGAAGAUCGUCGGAAUGCUGUUGACGCAUUGUACAGGCAACUUGUUGCCAGAAAGGCUGCCAUUCACAGUCGCUGCGCUAGCCUGGACUCGGCAAUGGAUGUCGAGACUCGAUUGUACUCUACGGACCCUGAUUGCCUGCUGGCAGGUAAACCCCUCGCCGAUGUCGAUCUCUAUGCCAGUGUCGCGACCGACGGAAGCUACAGAAAUGGUGUUACACAAAAGGAUUAUCUGCUUGACGUUGUUCCUAAGGACGGGAAGAAAAAAGUUCCUGAUUGUAAAAAAACAUUCCCUUUGGACUUCAGCAUGUUUACUUUCGAACAUUUGAGUGCAAUGCGGAACCGGAAAAACUUGACCCAGCAGCAGGAAAAGGGUCUGAUAAAGUACCUGCCACCUGGAACAGAUCUCAAUAAGUUUGGACACCAAGUUGCUUAUGGCCUUAUAAGGAACAGCAGCUCUUGGCUCCAUUUUAACCUUGCUGCUAUAUACUGGCGGGUUAGAGGAGACUCGUACAACGCCCUUGAGUGCGGUCGCCGGGCCAUCGUCACAGCUCCACGGAGGUAUCGCGACAUAGCUCUGCUCACGACCGGUGGAAUAUUACACGCUGCAAAGCACUCAGGGGAGGCAGCAAUAAUUUUGCACACAGCGAUAAGCUAUGCCCCCACUCAGAGUCACCAACACUUGGCGCUGGGUCAUGUCUACGCUGCCCUUGGUGACUAUAAUCGAUCGGUGGCUUGUUAUGACAAUUGUCUCAGGCUAGCGCCGACAAUGGAUCAGGCAAGGCAUGCCAAGCACGCAAUACUGUGCCAUCAAAAGCUGGAAAUGGCUCUAACCUCGCUACUUCAGCAACUACAGGAUAUUCUGGCUGAACUUCACGCCUAUCACGGACAGCAAGAGGAAUGGCUUAAGCUCCAAGAGCGUGUAUUGUGGGAACAAGCGCCCAAAGCAGCCUUCAUCAGAUUGCAGAAUGGCAAUAUUCAGGAGGAGACUCUAGGCGCCAUAUUGACAACCAGGGGUCAGUCCUGCAUGCAGCGAGGUGGCAACGAUGCCAUCCUGACCUGCGAUGUGACAAGCGAGAGUCAGAUGCUGGCGCACAACUUGCAGAUAGAUCUGAGCGUCAGUUUCCAGCUGUUGAAAAACGUCGAGAAUCAGCUCACAAAAAUCGAGGAACAGAUGGCUAAAUCUAGAAGUUGGCAUGCAAGUAAGGAUCGCACGAUUAAGUCGACCGAGUUUCCCAAGGAAAGGGGACCUGAGUUUUUCACCGUGUUCAUGGAACCAACAGGCAGACCGAAGUAUCACAAUUUCAAGAUCAAGGAGGGAACUGAGGAAUUCGAGGACAAGAAGUGGCCCAGAACUUCCGACUGCGAGGGACGUUUACCAAUCUUGACCGAUUCGAAACAAUACGUUCCGGCAUAUUUACCGCCGGAAAACAAAGGCUACGCAACUCAUCUCUUCGUGAGCGAGCUGAUAGGCAUUGAUCCUGGCAAGGAACAUUCGCUUCCGUGGUAUCCACCAGCCUGUGCAGCACCAAAAACUUUCGAUGCCAAGUAUAUUUCUGCGACGCUGUUAAAAGCAACAAUAGGAAAUAACUUGCCAGACUCGUCGCUGUCCCAGGUUUUGAAAAAUCUAGUCAAAGACUCUGAGCUCGCUGAAAUUGGCCAGCGGAUUCUUACCGCUACCAGAAGUAAAGUUGCUGCUCCUUGGGUCUUGUCAAUGCUGGCUUCCCUGCACUGGCGAGUCGUCGGAAAGCCGAGAAAUGCUCUGGACUGUCUUCAGUUGGCACUUUCAUCGGUUCCAAACAAGUUCCGAGAUGUUCCCCUAGUCAGUAUAGCUUCCAUAAGUCAGAAAGUCGGUCUCAUUGAAGACGCGCUGAGGGUGGCUAGGGAAGCAAUAGAAGUAAACCCAGUUGAGCCCGUCACCAAUUUCCUAUACGGCUCUCUCCUGCACGUCAAAGGCAACAAUUCGGGAGCUAUACACCAUCUGAAGCAAACUUUGCGAGUCGACGUGCACGCCAUAAAUGGACGGGCCUUAACAAUGCUCAGAACAUUGGCAUGUCAGGAAUGGUUGAACAACGGAGGACCCGAUUCUACGGGAAGCUCCGGUGGUACGGAAACUUGUGGAGCGCCACAUCUACCGCCAGAGAUGAUAACCAGGCACAAGCUUUGCGUAGGUGAAGCGGUGGUGUGCGACAGUGAUGGGAAGAACUGCAAACACGUGCAAUGCGAUGCAGUGAGGACAACUGGAGAUACGACUGGCAGUGCGAGGUGUACCAGAAAAGUGGAAAAAGUUGUCAAGCAUCAGAGUUUAAUUGACACUCUGAUGACAACUGGGAGCGAAGGCGGCGCGGACGAAUCUGAGUUGGAAAAUAUGGUGAAUAUGGAGCAAAACUCGUUUCACAUGCGGAUAUCUUGUGGCGACGAUGUCAAAGAGCCUGGGGUUAAUGUACUUGAUGAUUUUUACGUAUCCAUGACCGAGGAAGGCUCCAAUGAUGCUGGUUUACAAAUUCACGAUAUAACCGGAAUGUUUUCACUCAGUCCCAAGGGUUGCAGAGACAUUCGGAAUCCGCCUUCUCGCUCUUUUCAAUCUAUGUGGCAUCACAUCACUGCCAGAAAUAUUGACAUCAGUCACGACCUAAAAUCCUUAAAAGACAGUCCUGAUCAGCAGCCGAUAUGUGAAGGAGGAAAUCCCGACAUCAAUGACAUAGCGAAUCUGGACGCGUUAUCAGACGCCUUGCCGAAUAUGACAGAAUUGGACAAUGCUGAAUGGCUUGCGCUGAUGGCCAACGACCAGAAAAGCAGCGUCGAGCAACUGGGAGCUAGGAUAGCCGUUGCUUUGCAAAAAAAUUCUCGGUCGUGGACUUUAGCGACGGCCGCUGCCUUGUACUGGCGAGUCGACGGUCACAGUCGAAGAGCGGUCGACUGCAUCAGACAAGCGCUGGUUAACGCGCCAGACGGAAUGCAGGACAUUCCACUGAUAACGCUUGCGUCUUUGCUAAGCAAACGUGGCUUUCAUCAAGACGCUUUGCGGAUAGCUGACCUGGCGCUGAUGAAAGGACCUGAAUUUGUGAUAAAUCAUUUCUCUAUGGCGAAUCUUCAUACAGCUGUGGGUGAUUUCGAAAAGGCAAUAAGUUUUUAUCGAUCGUCGCUAGCUCUUGAUCCAAACUUUGAGCCUGCUCGCAGCAAACUUCAGGCAAUACUUUGUCUCCUUUUAUUCGACGAGUCAACGCAAACUCUACGCGAGAUGACUGGAAACAACUGAAGAAAAACUUUAUACCUGUUUCCAUAAUAAAUAUUAGACUACAUAGUUCGUCGAUGAUAAUUUUCCGUGCCUUGUGGGACUCAAUUUUUAUUCUUCGUUUGGUGAUUUUUUCAUUAUUACAUAUUCGAACAGUACUCAUGAGAUGCGGUAAAGAAAUCUUCGAUCGGGAAGUAACGAACUGAUUUUUAAUCUUAGAAAAGAGAGGGAUUUAUAAAUAUAUAUAUAUUUAUAUCACACAUAUAUACGAA